AUGUCAACCGAAACUACACCCGCAGCACCUAAGGUGAUGACCGGUAAUGAUACCGCGCAGCAAUUCGAUAAGGUUUCUCAGAUCAUCAGAGGAGCCAUCAUUGCCUCGCUUCCUUGCGCCUUUGAGCAAUUUAUCACAAUUUCCAUCCCCGGUCAGAUCAUCGAUACCACUCCCGGCAAAGCAUAUGUGCCCUCGGCAAGGCCGAGUAGUGGCGAGCUCCACAAGAUCCGUGUCAAUGAGGCCAGGCUUGUCGAUUCCAUGAUCCCUCUCGACACUAUGAUGUUGGGACCCACUGGGAAAAGUGUGUCCCGAAGUUACCUUGCGGCACUCGACUACCUCGUUCCGAGCGAAACAGAGCUUACGCUGUCCCUUAACAAAGACCAAGACAAUCAGCCACCCACCAAGUAUGGUGCUGCGAUGAGGUACCUCAGAAAACCGGUUGUGGGUCCGGUAGGUAUGCCGACCAGGACUCCUGUUGAUAUUUAUGUGGAAAAACAAGCGCUGUUCACCUUUGCCCAGUCAAAGUGGGACGCAAUUCAAGACAAGAACGCUGCGGACUUGGAGACCAACCCUGAUGAAAUGACGGCUGAAGAAAUGGAAAAGAGAACCACCUGGAUGAGAAUGGCCAAAUACGAGCUUCAAGCUCGCUGGAUGGAUUGGGUUGUCAAUGGUGACAAGAUUCUUGAUCAUAAUUUUGAAGCCGUAAGAGCGUCCAACAUCUUAGAUCUUGUCGACGGUACUCAAUGGGCCCAAGUCAAACUUGAGCCUCAGCACUGGGCUACGCUGUGCAAAGAGAAGACAGAUUCCUGGGUUGAGAAUAACCCAGUCUCGGCUGCAGUUCUGCAGCGAGAGAUUGAUCGCCUGAACCUUCUUCUCGCGGCAUAUGGGGGUUUUAAAGACUGGAAUGACACCAACAUCACCGAAGACCAAGGCACACCAGCUGAGACAGCGGAAUCAGCGCAAUACUCAAAGGAGACAUAUCUUAAUGUCUACCGUGCCGAAGAGGAUCUCAAGAAAGCUAACGUAGAGAUACCGAAGAAUGAUACAACGAUUGCUACCGUAAAAGAAAAAUAUAAGAAUGCCGUCAUAGCUCUGGACGCAAUGAUCAAGGCCGACACAGCUCAAUGA